AGGAAUUGAGUUGUUAGUGCGCUAACUUGUUGAGGUUUGAAUUACAGUAUUUUUUAUUUAGAGAUGGAUUCUUGUAAAUUUUUAGUUGCAGGAGAUGUAAGAGGAAAUUUCAAAGUAUUGUUCAGCAAAGUUGAAAAGUCUAUAAAUAAAUGUGGACCAUUUGCUUUUUUAUUAUGCACGGGAAGUUUUUUUGGUAAAACUCCAAAUCUCUUGGAAUGGAGUUAUUAUAAAUCAAACCCACACAAUAUUCCAAUUCAAGUUUAUAUAUUGGGUCCUACUUCUGAUGAUGAAGUAAACUUCUAUAGUUCAACCGAAAGAACUUCCAGUAUCAAUGAAAAAAUAACUUUUGUCGGUAAAAGUGGUAUGUUCACUACAUGUGAAGGUAUCAAAGUGGCUUAUGUUAGUGGAUUUGAAUCAUCAUUUAACAAUAAGAUUAGUAUGACAGAGAUGGAUGUUGGAAAUUUAAUCUCUAAAAAUAUUACAGUUGAUAUAGUAUUUUCUUCACAGUGGCCAUUAGGGAUUACAAGUAAUGGAAUGACAGAUUACAAACCAAAAUACCCAUCACAGUCAUUGGCUAAACUUAUUAAAAUACUGAAACCACGAUACUUCUUUUCAGGCUGGGAAAAUAAAUAUUUUGAAAGAUUACCAUUAUGUCAUACAGAAAAGGAUGGAAAUAUACCAUUAUUAACAAGGUUUGUUGGUUUAGCCUUUGUUGAUAACUCAAAUGAAAAGUGGUUUUAUGCUGUGAAUAUGGAUCUUCACAGAAAAUUGUCUGUAUCUGAUGUAAAUAAAAUAAAUUUAUAUUUAAAGCACCAGCCUCUAGAAGAGCUAUAUAAUUCACGUAUAACUGACAAUGGCAGCUACAUUUGGAUGCAAGAACAGCCAAAAAAAAAAAUUGGACAAAAAAAUAGCACUAAAAAAUUUAAUUUGAAAGAUUGUUGGUUUUGUUUGUCUAGUGAUGAGCCUCAAAAUCAUUUGAUUGUAAGUGUGGGAUUUAAUGUAUAUUUAUCACUGUCAAAAGGUGGUUUAGUACGUGACCAUAUGUUAUUAAUACCAAUUAACCAUGUUUCAUCCAUUUCUCAAGUAGAUGAAGAAAUCAGAUCAGAGCUCAAUCGUUACAAAAAAAUUAUUAAACAGCACUUUAUUACAAAGAAUAAGAGGGUUAUUUUUUUUGAAAGAUUUUACAAAACAUCUCAUGCUCAAGUUAAUUGUAUACCUAUGAGAGAGGACUUAUCUUGUAAUGUGAAGAGUUCAUUCAUGGAGAGAGCUGCAGAAAUUGGGUUCGAUUUAUGUACUUACUCUUCUAAAGAUCAUGUUGUACAAAAUAUUUCAUUAGGUGCUGAGUAUUUUCAUGUGGAAUUGAAUGAUGAUGAAGAAUUAUUUUGUGAAAUUUCACCACAUUCAAACUUUCCAUUAAAUUUUGGCAGAGAAGCAUUGGUGAAAGAAGAACUAUUCCAGUCAUCUGAAAAAAAAGUAGACUGGAAAAACUGUGUGUUAGAAUUUGAAGAAGAAAAGUUUAUUGUAGAUGAACUUCGUAAUGAGCUGCAAUUUUCUUUAAAAAAUCAGUUGUAAACAGUUAUUUAUGUAAUGUGCUGUUAACAAUAUGUAUCAGACAAUUGUAAUUUUUUAAUAAAAAAUUAUAUUGUAACAUAUGACAAAUAACAACAUGAACUCUGUCAGUGCAACCUACGUAUAUAACCAACCACCACUCUUAACUUCUUUUGAAUUAAAAAAAAGUUUAUU